CGAGUCUUCUCCUUUACCAGGCACUUCGCCCUUCGUCUCCCCCCUAGCCACCGUCGCACUCGACUGGUCCUCCAUUUCCCUGUCUACUUUGAUCAAGGAAUUCUAGCCAUGGAGAAGCAAAUGGACGAUGCCUACUUCGCCGCUACGGCAGAACAGGCAAAACAUCAACCGGCUACCCUCGAUGAAAAACUUGAGGGCUCGAUUGUGUCGUCGCCGGAACACGACCACGAACACAUCCACGAUGGCCUCGUGGUCCCAACACUCGAGGAGCUGCAGACGCUGCGACAUAUCGCCGACAAAAUUAACUGGCCGACAUAUCUGAUUGCCUUUGUCGAGUUGGCAGAGCGGUUCUCUUUUUACGGUUCGACUGUCGUCUUCGUCAACUUCAUCCAACGGCCUCUGCCCGAUGGUAGCACAACUGGUGCGAGUGGAGCGGACGGCACACCCGGUGCUUUGAACAUGGGUCAACGGGCGUCCACCGGUCUGACAACGUUCUUCAACCUCUGGUGUUAUGUUACUCCUCUGUUUGGAGCCUACAUUGCCGAUACUUACUGGGGUCGUUACAAGACUAUCUGCUGGUCCGUUCUGGUCGCCAUGGUCGGCCACGUUAUUCUGGUCGUCUCUGGUCUCCCUCCCGUUCUCGAGAAUACCAACGGUGCCUUCGCUUGCCUCAUUAUCGCCAUGCUCGUCAUGGGUGCUGGUACCGGUGGUUUCAAGUCGAACAUCUCUCCCCUUGUUGCCGACCAAAUGAACAACGCAAAAGCGCACCUCAUCACACUCUCAUCGGGCGAGCGCGUCGUCGUUGACCCAACAGUUACCGUCUCCCGUAUCUACAUGUAUUUUUACCUCUUCAUCAAUGUCGGCGCUCUGGUUGGCCAAAUCGGAAUGACCUACUCCGAAAAGUACGUCGGCUUCUGGCUCGCGUUCACUCUUCCCACCAUCAUCUUCUUCCUAUGCCCAAUCGUCCUCCUCCUCGGACGCGGCCGGUACAUUCGUCCCGCCCCCACUGGCUCCGUUCUUGGCAAAGCCCUUCACUUGCUGUUCUUCGCUGCACGCGGACGCUGGAGUAUCAACCCCGUGCGGACAUGGAAGAAUAUCACCGCUGCGGACUUUUGGGAGAGCGCUAAGCCGAGCAAGAUCGUUGGUGGGAAGCCUGAGUGGAUGACUUUCGAUGAUGCCUGGGUUGAUGAGGUCCGGAGAGGUUUCAAGGCUUGCACUGUGUUUGUCUACUACCCUCUAUACUGGCUCGCGUAUAACCAGAUCAUCAACAACCUGACCUCUCAAGCUGCGACCAUGGUCACUAACGGCGUUCCCAACGACGUCAUCAACAACCUCGAUCCCUUCGCCCUCAUCAUCUUCAUCCCCCUCUGCGAUCUCUUCUUCUACCCCUUCCUCGCCCGCAUUGGUAUCAAGUUCACGCCGCUCAAGAAGAUCUUCUGGGGUUUCAUGACCGGUUCCGCGGCUAUGAUCUGGGCAGCCGUCACGCAGCAUUAUAUCUACAAGCGCAAUCCUUGUGGCUACCAAGUUUCUACGUGUGCUGAUGACGACGGUAAUGCGCUCACCAGCGACCUGAACGUAUGGAUUCAGACCGGCUCAUACGUCCUGAUCGCGUUCUCUGAGAUUCUCGCAUCUAUUACUGGUCUCGAAUAUGCGUUCACGAAGGCACCAAAGAACAUGAAGUCGCUCGUCAUGUCUGUUUUCCUCUUCACCUCCGCUAUCUCGUACGCUAUCGGCGAGGCCUUCGUUUCCGUCUCCGCCGACCCGCUCCUCGUAUGGAACUACGGCGCCAUGGCCGUCCUCGCCUUCGUCGGCGGCAUCGCCUUCUGGCUCUCCUUCCGCCACCUCGACAAGGAGGAGGACGCGCUGAACGCUCUGCAGGAGGGACAUUAUGAGUCCGGCAAGGAGCACCACGAUGGGAAAGAGGAGGUUAAGGAGAUGGGCGUUGUUUAAAGGGGUUGUGAGGAUGUGUAUUUUUACGGUUAUGUCGCUACGUGUUCUGUGUUGUGCUUUUUGCUUUUUUUUGCUUGGGGCCGCGGGCGGAUGGGUGGUCCGUGACUUGCGUACUUACGACUCGGAGGAGGAACGAACUAGUAUAAUCAUAAUGAAG